AUGAUUACACGCCUCAAUUAUAAUUGUAUGAGCGAUUGCGAGUGCAUCCUGUGCCUGGAGUUGCGGGGCAGCGACAAGAGCGUCAAAACCAGCGGCACCGUCGACUCGGGAAUAAUGGAGUCGACGCGGUCGGCCGGGCUCGGCUGCAACUUCAUCCUGAUGCGGCCGGCGCUGCCUUUCGUGAGCCGCGAGCCGAGCCGCGAGUGGCAGGAGGAGGCGGCCUCGGACGACUCGGAGCCGGCCAAGGAGCCGCUCCACCGGACGGUCGUUUACUUUGGCGACACCAAGCGGCGCGACCGCACUACCGAUUCCGGGGAUCGUUUGGCUGCCGAUGCCGAACCGAGCCCGGGGAUCGUCGUUAGCGUCAGGCCCGGCCGAGAGGACGUGUUGAGGAUAGAGCAACAGCCCCACCGCGAAUUCAAGCCCGACUGGAGCUUCGUCCAACAGUGGCGGCUCAAGGGGCCCAGCGGAGGUGGCGGCAACAACAAUCAAGAGCCCGAGAUGCCGCCGCGGCCAAAGCCCAUCGGGAGCCACCUCAGUCUCCACGAGCUGAUAGCCCUGCAGAGCACCGAGUGCGCGGGUAGCUCGUCGGACGAGCGCUCGUCCUCGGGUCACGCGAGCAUGAAGUCCGACGGGGGUGGACACACGAGCGGCGGCUCCCCGAGGCACCAGCGCGACCUCGACAGCGUCCCCGAGCAGCCGUCGUCCCGUCGCCAUCACCAGGACCAACAACAACAACAACACCAUCACCACUACCAGCAGCAGCAGCCACGGCUGGGAGUGCAGAAAGUACAGUCGACCCUGCGCUCGCGGACCUCGACAACCUCGCGGUCGUACUCGUCGUUGAGCGGCGGCUCGGAGAGCUCCUCGGCGCAGGAGGUGCCCAACUGCGCGAGCGUCACCGAGAGCGCCGAUGAGUUUGUCUUCGUGGAGGCGCGCAGUAGGCUGGUCGAGCUGGCCAGGUCGCCGUGGACGCAGGCCGACGUGGUUCGAGCCGUGCUGGCGUCGAGAGCUGGUCCUCGGCUGUCGGCUCAUCCGAGCGCCGAGGUGGUCUCGAGGCUGUCGUACCUGUUGCAGCGCUGCCUGGUGAGGCUCGCCCGGGAGGUCAAGCGCCUGGCCCAGGCUCUCGGGUUCGCGGGUCGACGCGAGGUUUGGGCCGGCCUGCGCAUCGUCCUCGGCCCCGGGCUCGCGGACUCGGCUGGCUCGGCGUGCUUGAGGGCCAGCGCUAUGUACGGACUCGCGCCCUUCAGUCCCGCCGCUGGUCAGACCACUGCGGCCAGGGCUGGCCUCCAACUGCCGGUCGGCGCAGUCAUGCGCUGGAUGAUCGACGCUCGAUUGGGCCGUAUGGUGCACGAGCUCGCGGCAGUUUACCUGGUCGCGGCUCUCGAGAGCCUGCUCGAGGAGCUCGUGCUCAGGAGCCUGUCCCACGAGUCCCAGCAAAAGCAACAGCUCACCCCUGCCGGGCUCGAGCGCACCGUCGCCGGUGACCCCGAUUUUUGCGCGCUGCUGCAGCCGUUCGCGCACCUCAACGCCGGCAGGAUCGCCAACGGUUCGCUGGUGUUGCCGCAUUGGUCGAGCACGAGCUCACUGAGCGGCUCGGGCAACCCCCCGGCCCAGCUGGAGGCUUCGCUGCUAACAACUUGCGUCGGUUCGUUGCGAGAGCUGCGCGAACUGGUCGACCGGCUGGUGCAUUGCAGUAGAUGUCCGCUGGUACUCAGCGACCGAGCUAUCGACGCCCUCUUCUACUACAUGCGCUGUUCCCAGCUGGAGCACGGCGAGCGUCGCGGUAUCCAGGAGUUGGCGUACGAGCGAACCUACGGGCCACCACUGGUCGAGUGGCUGCGCGUAGCUGGUGCACACGCAGAGUACCGGCACGCCCGUUUCGUCGAUCGGGACGACGUCAGCCAAGCUGCGAGGCUCCUUCUGGGCGUCGACUGUCCCGCCCGACCGAUAUGCUCGGACGAGGUUGUAUCGGCUGCCGAUGAUCCAGUCGAGUACACGCGGCGCCUCCACGAGGACGUGGGUUUGAAGCUUCUGCGAGCCGGCCGGCCGGAGUUGAUCCGCCAGGCGGCGCAUCUGCCCGAGCCGGUUCUGCCCGACGCGCUCGACAAGUCCGGAUUGUCUAGUCUCAUGUUGGCCGUUUGCUCGGGUGACGAGGCCGCGGUGCUGGCGUUGCUGGACGCGGGUGUCGAUCCUGACGUGGAGAGCGCCGUUACCGGGCCCCACUGCGCCGAUGCCCAAGGAUGGACCGCCCUGACGUUCGCGGCGCUGCUGGGACACUGCUCAAUCGCUAGGAAGCUGCUCGAUUGUGGCGCGGCCGUUGGUGGCGGUGGGGACAGGUGCGCGGUGAUGCCGAUCCAAGCUGCAGCGGCUGCCGGCAAACUCGAGAUGAUUGCCUUGCUACUCGAUCACGGUGGCGCCCAGCCAUUCCUCUCGACGCUCUCGGACUCGUGUUGCUACUCUGGCUCGCCGGCCCAGCGCGGUUGCUACAGUGCCAUUUCCGUGGCAGCGGCUCACGGCCACAGGGCCUGUCUCCAGCAGCUCCUGUCGCAUCCCUCGAACUUCUCCAGCUGGCGGGGUGGCGAGAAGGAGGUGCUCUCGCUCGAAGAAAUCCUGGCCGAGGGCACGUCCACGCAGCAACACCAGCAGCUCGAGACCCCUGUGCGUCAAUUCAGCAAGACGCAGUACAAGGUCCUUCAGGAGGCCAUGUACCACAGCGUGGAGAACAACCAUUUGGACAUAACGAUGGAUCUGAGGGAACUUGGGGUCUCGUGGACGCUGCACUGCUGGAUGCAGAGCCUCUCGUUGGCCCACGAGAUGCGGAUGGACUCGGUCGUCGAUCAGCUCCUCCAGGACUUCCAGGUCUGCUCCGAUGACUAUUCAACGCAGUUUGUCGAAAAGGGCUUGCCGUUGCUCUUCAACAUCUUUCGGUACAACAAGAAAGAAGGGACGAUAUUGCUGCUGGCCGACAUAUUCAGCACGUGCUUUGGCUGGGAGCCCAUUAAACCGGUAAGAAAUGCGAGCCUCUCGAACGGUGGCUCGAGGAUAGAUCCCAAGUUUGUCAACAAUCCCGAACUGAGCGACGUGCAGUUCAGAGUCGAGGGCCGGGUGUUCUAUGGUCAUAAGAUUGUUCUCGUCACCUCGUCGAGCAGGUUUAAAAGUAUGCUGAGCUCCAACUUGUGCCAAGGCAAUCCACCGAUCGUUCAAAUCAACGACAUUCGUUAUCACAUUUUUCAAAUGGUUAUGGAGUUUUUGUACAACGGAGGCUGCUCCAACUUAAAAAUCAGUCAGAAUGACGUGCUGGAAUUGAUGGCGGCGGCUAAUUUUUUCCAACUAGACGGAUUGUUGCGGUUUUGUGAGGCCCAAUGUUCGACGACGAUCAAUCUCGACAACAUUGUUUCGAUGUACAUUCAUGCCAAGGUUUACAAUGCAUCGCAGUUAUUAGAAUAUUGUCAGGGGUUUUUACUACAGAAUAUGGUGGCUCUUUUGACGUACGAUGACUCGGUGAAACGACUGAUUUUUGCCAAAAAAUUUCCAAACCACGAUGUUCUUAAUAGCCUUUUGCUCACGUUGCAAGGAAGGAUGAAAGCCAAAAGACCACAAAACUGAGGAAAAUUCGCUUAAUCGACGCAAAAGAAUUCAC